AUGAAUGCCUUCCGGUUUGGCCACAGCUACAUAGACCAUGUCUAUGUGUCACCUUGGGGAGCGUUUCUUGUGGGAGAGAUCUACAAUAUCCCAGUCGAUGUGCCAGGUUUCAUCAAAGCAGUUGCUCCAUACAGCUACUAUAUUGACAGAGGUGCACACGGGACAGUGUUCUACCAGACAUUUGAGUCCCCAGACCCAGAGCUAGACAGAGUCAGCGCUUUCGUGGAGUCCCAGACUGGAGUACUACCUUUCAAUGGCACCUCAAUGAUUGUAGGGGAAUGGAACCAAAUACACGUGGGGCUUUUUACUUCUGCCCUUACCAACACGUUUCAAGGGAUAAUAAUCACUAAUGAGACGACCUCCUUUGCCGUCUUCAUCUAUGAGUGUGGAGGUAUGGACUGGAGUGGAGCUGAUAUAGGCUGGGUCGGAUCGUUUUACCUCUAUGAGAAGCAUCCCUACGGGAAGACGGCUUAUUCUAAAGACAUGGGAUGCCGCUAUUCCACCACAUACAGUGCAAUUGUCUACAGACUGGACAGAGAAUGCACGCCGUUUGAGUUUCCUUGUGGUAACGGGUACUGCAAGAGUAUUGGUGAUGUGUGCAAUGGCAAUAAUGACUGUGGAGACAACAGCGAUGAAGCUAUUUGCAAUUACAUUUCGGAUUCAGGACAAACAAAUCCAAUCAGACUUAUCGUUGAUGGAGCUCCAUCCCCAACCAACGAAGGGACUGUGGAAAUGUAUUACAAAGGCAUAUGGGCCACCAUCUGCUAUGAAAACUGGGACUUCACUGAUGCCGAGGUGGCUUGCCGCAUGCUAGGGUUUAGGACCGCCAUCCAAGUCCACAGAUCUAUUUUCAGUCCAAACCGUGGAUAUGUUGUGGGUCUUGACUGUGUGGGGACAGAGAGUGAGCUGAGACAGUGCGGAUUCAGAGGCAUCCUGGUGGGCCGACAGUGUAGAUUUGGAUAUGCCGGUGGUGUCUCAUGUACCAGUGAGUUG